GGGCAGAACUGCGAUAGAACGUGAUCGAUCGAAUUUCAAAAAAGGCACACACCUACCCUCUGUGCUCCCGUGAUUACGAAAUUACUCCAAAUCUCCUGUUCAAAAAUCAGGAGUUAGUGUUUCGUGAUCCCCCAUCCGCGUGUGCCGCAACUCCCACCUCGACAUAUUCACCUAGUGAAGAUCACAUAAUCGAACAAAAUGUCGAACCUCGCCGAUCCGGUCGCGUUCGCUAAGGACUUCCUGGCUGGCGGUAUCUCCGCCGCCGUCUCCAAGACCGCCGUAGCACCCAUCGAGCGUGUCAAGCUGCUGCUCCAAGUACAGCACGUCAGCAAGCAGAUCGCCGCCGACCAGCGUUACAAGGGUAUCGUCGACGCCUUCGUCCGCAUCCCCAAGGAGCAGGGUCUCCUUUCAUUCUGGCGUGGUAACUUCGCCAACGUCAUCAGGUACUUCCCGACCCAGGCGCUCAACUUCGCCUUCAAGGAUAAGUACAAGCAGGUGUUCCUCGGCGGCGUUGACAAGAAGACGCAGUUCUGGCGUUACUUCGCUGGUAAUCUGGCCUCCGGUGGCGCCGCCGGAGCCACCUCUCUGUGCUUCGUGUACCCCCUUGACUUCGCACGUACCCGUCUUGCCGCCGAUGUCGGUAAGGGAGAUGGCCAGCGUGAAUUCUCCGGUCUCGGAAACUGCAUCAGCAAGAUCUUCAAGUCCGACGGUCUGAUCGGUCUGUACAGAGGUUUCGGUGUGUCCGUGCAAGGUAUCAUCAUCUACCGUGCCUCAUACUUCGGUUUCUACGACACUGCCCGCGGCAUGCUGCCCGACCCUAAGAACACACCCAUUGUAAUCAGCUGGGCCAUCGCUCAGACCGUAACCACAGUCGCCGGUAUCAUCUCCUAUCCCUUCGACACAGUCCGUAGGCGCAUGAUGAUGCAGUCUGGUCGUGCCAAGAGCGAUAUCCUGUACAAGAACACCAUCCACUGCUGGGCUACCAUUGCCAAGACCGAGGGAACCUCGGCCUUCUUCAAGGGAGCCUUCUCCAACGUCCUCAGAGGUACUGGUGGUGCCUUCGUGCUCGUCUUGUAUGAUGAGAUCAAGAAGGUCCUGUAAAUCUAACGUAAGAAUUGUUACCAUAAUUUCUAUGUGAUUCCGUGUCGCAGCCACUCCCCUCAAAUCAUGUAUUAUUAGACACGAAAACGACUUUAGUAACUUAUUUUUAGUUAAAUAAAGUGUUAUACAAUGAUUCCAUAAUUUAUUGUUUUAUUAAGUGUUACAUAAUUGCUUGUCCUAACUGAAGUGAUAUAGGACCUCUUUGAAAAUUUUCUAAUUUUGACAUCUCAAUUGCUUUCAUAUUAUAUAAUCUAUUCUUAAUUCAAAAUGAAAAAUGAUUGGUUUUCUUUAUGUGACAUUACAUAGUUUGGGCUGCGGCUGUUAUGUAAUUAACCUCAUUUCAGUCUGGUGCCGGAGGCCAAGGCUGAACUAAAAAUUGUUCAGAACUUCACAUUAAAAGAAGUGUAUGUCUUAUUAUCUAUUUUAAAUUUGAGUUUUGUGGGAAUUGAGAAUUUCCACUUUUUCAUACACAGCGGGAGUGAGUUUGACAUAAUUAUGUAGUGUAUUUUUGACUUCUGUACACAUUAUGCUAUUAAAUGUAAAAUC